AUGGAAAGACUCAGCACGCACGGCAACGGAAAGCAGGCCACACUAACGCUGACUUUUCCUCGCGCCCUCUCCUUCCGUCUUGUUGCCAGAGAACAACCAGCGUCUUGCCAGAAUAAGAACCUAUCCCUGAAGGCGCUUGGAGGUCGAUUGAAAGGUAAGGCAAGAAAGGAGGCCCAACAACAGGAGUCAUCUUCCCUUUCCCUUGCUCCAGCAUUUCGCCUACGCUUGGCUCAAUUUACAGAGCUUGCUCACAUCAUUGUCAAAAACAAGAGACUCAGUAUUCCAGAAACCUUCUUCAAUCUACUGCAGCAUACAGUCAAACUCCGAAGAGAGUAUUCCAGCCUUUUCGCCUCAUCUGAAGAAGACCCUUCGCUUCGCGAGUCGAACGCGACGCACGACUACUUCAUCGAUACACUGGAAGGUGUCCUCAAUAUAUUGAAAUCUCAGCACGCUUCCUAUUGUAAAGGACCCGAAAUUUCGCGGACGACAAAACCUGACGGAAAGGAAGCCAGUCUGGAGAACCGAUUUGCUGCCCUUGAGGUCCAUGAGCCAACAGAGACAGAAUUGGACGACUUAAACACUCCAACAUCGGCUCGGCAAGGGCAGCCAAAACGGCGCCAUGUUGUAUGCGAGGCCGAGGACCAUGACGUACGUUUUGCAGUCCUUUGCUACUUUGCCGAUCUGCAAAGCAUUUGCCAGUUCAUUCAGAGGACAGGGGAAGACUAUAAGCUCAGCAAAGUGAGUCUCAUGACAGUAUCCAUUGUGACGAACACUGCAUUUGAUGCGGUCCGUCAGGCGCAUGGUGAAGUACACGAGUGCCUUUCCGUCGCUUGA